AUGGCGCCAGCUUGGGCCAGGCCGCUCGCGGCGGACGCCGGUGUCAAGUCGUCGGUGGCGUCGGCCAUCGCGUCCGCAGUUGCUUCGACGACGUCGUCGUCGGCUGGCUCGGUCAGCGAUGCUACGCCUGCCCCGAUCGAAGAUGGUGGUGACGAGUACGCGACGACCGCGUCUGAGACGUUUUCUCCUUCGGGCGUGCUUCAAUAUGGAACCGUCGCGCCCGCAACACUUCCGUCGUACGUUCAGUACUACCCGACCGACGCACCUACGACGGCGACAUUGCAGUACUACCUGACCGACGCACCCACAAAGGCGACGUCGUUUGACCAGGACUACCCGACGGAUGCACCUACGACUGCAACACCGGUGGAUUCGUACGACGCGGACACGACGGCGUCUACGUUUGGCAGCUCUGGUGGGCAGUUUACAGGAAAUGUCCCAACGCUCUCGCCUUCAAUGCAGUUUGCCAAAGCUGUCGCGCCUGUGUCCCGAGAGCCUGAGUCGGCAACGGAUGCCAACUCGCUCUCGGCGUAUGCCUUCGCGGCCGCCCCGGUGCCGCAAGACAUCGUGCCACCGUCGAGCGACUCGAUCCUCGACAAGGUUGUUGCGUACAUCACGACAGCACCGGCACCGCCGGCUGCUAGCAAGUACCGCACGCGGCCACAGUGUGUGUCGACCGAGUAGCUUCGCGUCUCGAUGUCGUGCGUAGUGCAGCGGAAAUAAGUCAUUAAUGUUCACCAUCCAUAGUCUUUUCUAUAAUAAAUAGUAUUUUCCUUAUGUUGUCC